AUGGCGGAUCAAAACCGUAAUCAUAUUGCUAUACAGAUUGAAGAAAAACUAGCCAAGGCAGAACCUCUCUUCACGACUGAAUGUUGCAUCUACAGAGUGCCCCAUGAAAUCCGCAAAUUCAACAAUGGUGCAUAUACCCCAAAAGUUGUUUCAAUAGGCCCUUUUCAUCAUGGCAAUCCAAGACUGCGAAACACGGAAAGCCACAAACUAAUAUGUUGCAAAAAAUUCAAAGAACGAACUGAGACAAGCUUAGACAAUUUGGUUAGCUGCGUCCAAGAGUUAGAACCAAAGGUUCGUCGCUGUUACUCAGACAGCAUUAAGCUUAGCACGAAGAAACUUGUGGAACUGAUAUUAGUGGAUUGUUGUUUCAUAUUUGAGUUGUUCUUAACGGACUAUUAUUCUAAGAAGACAGAUGAUGAUAAUGAUGAUGACCAAGAUGAUGAUGAUGAUGAUGAUGAUGAUAUCCCAUUCGAAGAAAGGUUGAAAGGUAGUAUAAAAUCAGAUCUAUUGUUACUUGAGAAUCAACUUCCAUUCUUUGUUCUUGAAAAGCUUUACAAUCUAGCUCUUCCCUCGCGUCAACAUCCUUCAUUUGUAGAUCUCACCUUUGAAUAUUUUGAGGAAUGUAACCGACACAAUAUGAAACAUACUGAUAGCAUGAAACACUUCACAGAUUUGCUUAGAAUCUUUUUCUUACCACAACUUGAUGGACGACCUGAAAGGAGUAAAGAUGAAUUAAUAACCCAUCUUUUUAGUGCAACCGAGUUAGAUGAAGCUGGAGUGAAAUUUAGGGUGAAAAAAGAAAAAAGCCACUUGUUUGACUUGAAAUUUUCAGGACGUUAUCUUGAAAUCCCAAAGUUUUCAGUGGAAGAUGAUACUGAAAGUUUGUUUCGAAAUAUGAUGGCUUUGGAGCAAUGCCACUAUCCAAGUGAAACUUACAUCACGGACUAUGUUGUUGUCCUUGAUUACCUUAUCAACACAAGCAAGGAUGUGGAUGUUCUGGUUCAAAAUGGAAUAAUUAUUAAUAUGUUGGGUGAUAGCAGUGCUGUGGCUAAAUUGUUCAAUGGACUUUGCAAUAGUAUUGUGCUAACGAAUUGUAAUUCUGAUUACAUUCGCAUUUCGGAAGAGUUGAAUGCUUACUAUAAGCAUCCUUGGAAUAGUGCAAAAGCAACUUUAAGACGUGAUUAUUGCAAUACUCCUUGGCAAAUGGUUGCUUCCAUUGCAGCUAUUGUAUUGCUUGUUCUUACUGUUAUUCAAACUGUGUGUUCUAUGCUCCAAGUGUAG